AUGAGUUUUAGACAUUAUAAGGAAAAGAUAGAAGAGGGUGACACUGUUAUUCUCUAUUUAAGUAACCAUUUACACGCAAUAGAAGUUAAACCCGAGAUUAAAAACAAAAAAGGUGAAUUGAUAGAGAAUGUUUACCAAACAACAUUUGGCGCCUUGAAGGUUAGAAAUCUUAUAGGCAGUGAAUAUGGAAGUAAAGUUGAAUUAUCAAAAGGAUGGGGGCAUGUAUUACAACCUACGCCAGAAUUAUGGUCUCUCACAUUGCCGCAUCGAACACAAAUAAUUUACACACCAGACAUCAGCAUGAUACUGCUGCAACUUGACCUGGUCCCAGGUUGUGUUGUCAUUGAAGCAGGUACAGGUAGUGGGUCAUUGACCCACGCGCUGAUAAGAAGAAUUCGUCCCCAUGGACACGUAUAUACUUUCGACUUCCACGAUCACAGAGCGAUGCUGGCCCAAGAAGAAUUUGAGGCCCAUGGUAUCGCAGAUUUCGUUACUGCAAAGCACAGGGACGUUUUGGCUGAAGGUUUUGGUGAAGAUCUCAAUGGAAAGGCUGAUGCUGUUUUCUUAGACCUACCAAGCCCUUGGACAGGUGUGAAGCAUGCUGUGGCUGCUAUGAAAAAGGAAGGUGGUCGUUUCUGUUCGUUCUCGCCGUGCAUAGAACAGGUCCAACGAACAUGUCUAGCUCUUCAAGAACAUAGCUUCCAAGACAUUAGUACCAUGGAAGUCUUGCAAACAGAACUCAAAGUCAGCCGACGUACCAUACCUGUUAGAGAUCUAUCAUUCUUGAAGCAUAAGAGUUCAAAUAAUCCCGUAGAAGAAAAGCCAAGCAGUGAAAAGAAUUACAUAGUAGGGUCGUGGCCGGCGACCGCUCCCGGACAUACGGGAUACUUGACAGUGGCAACCCUACCACCGCAAUAUAUACGAAGAAAAUGCAAAGUAGAUAAAGAUAUAAUGGAAGAUUCAAAAGCUGACAGCGAAGUUGAUCAAGUAGCAGAUCAUGAAAAUGGAAAAAUGUGCAUUGAAGAAAAUCCAUAA